AUGGAGCGGCCGGGCAAAAAGCCGAGGGCAUGCGUUCCGUGCCACGAGCGCAAGGUUCGAUGCGAUCUGGCCCUGUCCGGCAUCCCGUGCACUCGAUGCCUCAACAAGGAUCGCGUCGCUGAGUGCAUGCCCUUAUCACGUUCUGCUCCCGGUGAUACGCAAAGGCGCAAGCGAGCUGCCGCUAUUCGGAACACCGGUGAUGAGCCGCCGAGAAAAGCUGCUUUUAAUUCAACUCGCGAUGGUAGCCUUGGUUCUGCAGCUACCAUCGAUCCCACUGAGGUCUGA